AUGUCUAAACAACUCGCCACCCUCCUGGCAACAACCCUCGCCCUAAUCGAUCAAUUCCAAGAAACCGUCUCGUCAUCCGCCCGCGCCGAGCAACCCUCUUCCAAAGAUGCCCAGGCCCUACCCCUCCUCUCCGCCUCGUCUGCCACACUUAAAGCACAGGUGACGAAGCUAUCGCUUCUGACAAUUACCUCGCCUUUCACCCACUCGGCUGUGGCCGGUGUAUUGCGCGCUUGCAAUGACUCCGUCCUCCCUUCGUUGGUUACGGCUGCUAUGCUCGUGACGCCGGCUGAUUAUACAAAGGCGUUCCAGGCGGAGGUUUGUCUGCUUGUGCGCGCGGCGCUAAGUGAGUUUAGGGUACUUGUUGUGCUUGUUAAGGAUGUGCUCGAGAAGAAGGAGAAAGAGAAGGGGGAGGAUCCGAAGAAGAAGGAGGGGGAGCUGGUGAAGAGUGAGAAGGAGGCUGUUACGCGCGCUACGGGGCGCGUGUGGGACUCUUGUGAUGCUGUUACGGAGGUUGCGACGAAGGGUGUCGUGGGUUUUGUUAUGCAUCGUGUUGAGCAGUGGAGGGAUCUUGUUAGGGAUGCCGUGCAGGAGAUUGAGGAAUGGGAUCCGGAGGAAGAUGAUGAUUUCUUUGAGGAUUUGAUGGGGGAGGAGGAUAAGGAGGAUGACGACGAAGAUGACGAUGACGAUGACGAUGACGAAGAUGAUGAAGAGGAGACUGCUGCGCUGAAGGAGCAGAAGAAGAAUACUCUUCGAUUCCUCAAGCCUAUUGCUCAGAUUUACCCUUCUAUCGCUACCAAUCGGUUGAAGAAUGCCGGGAAGGCGCCUUUAUCUUCAGCUGGCGGUGUCGCCAAGUUGGAGGCGCUGAUGUUGAAUCUGCAAAGUAUACCUGAGCAGGUUGACGAGGCGGCAGGAGCCUUGUAUGAGGCCAACAUGGCCAAGGCUGCGAAGUUCCUGAAAAAGACCCAGAAGCAUGCAGCACAAGCUGUUGAAUCGGUUGCCUCGCCAUGGAACGACGUUGCGGCCGGGGACAAACGAGUGACGGACAAGUUCUCGAUCUGGUCGAGUGCAUGGUUUAAGGUCAUGGAUGAAGUGAGCAAGCCGAUCGAUGCAGCUGCAACUGCAUGA